AUGCCUGACAACGCAACCACCGGCGAAACAUGCACUCUGGGUGCAUACCCAGAAUACGCGGUCAAGGUCACGAAUGUGGCACAGAUCCAGCUUGCAAUCAACUUUGCGCGUGCCACCAACAUGCGUCUUGUCAUCAAGAACACGGGCCACUGCUAUCUUGGAAAGUCAACUGGCGCUGGAGCAUUGAGUCUAUGGAUGCACAACAUGGACCAGAUCGACUUUAUGUCUCAGUACGAAGGCCCGGGGUACUCGGGACCUGCGCUCAAGCUUUCUGCGGGUGUCAAUGUGCGGCAAGUGUAUGAAGCCGCGGACAAGAACGGCGUGACCGUCUUGGGCGCGAUAGCCGCGAGUGUUGGAUAUGCUGGUGGCAUGAUAACCGGAGGAGGACAAAAUCCUCUUGCUGGCAUCUACGGGAUGUCGGCCGAUCACGUCGUCGCUUUCCAGGUCGUCACUGCGGCUGGUCGCUUUAUCACUGUCUCUGAAGCUUCAAACGCUGAUCUAUUCUGGGCGCUUAGAGGCGGCGGCGGCGGAACUUUCGCCGUCGUCACAUCCGUCAUCAUUCGAGCGCAUCCUAAGCUCAACUCUGUCACAUCGAGUUGGACCCUUGAUGCUUCGAACAACAGCGUCGAUGCCUUCUGGGCGGGUACGAAGAAGUUCUAUGACGUCUUCCUUGACUGGGCGGACGCGGGAAUAUACAGUUUCUACUUCAUGGGGGCAACACCGGCCCCAUACCUACGAAUGGGAUUCCUGAUCGCGCCCAACCACACUAUGGAAUCAUAUACCGAGCUCGUAAAGCCCUUCUUCCAAUACCUCCAGGACAGCAACAUCACUCUCACGGUACCCGAAGCACCUAUCGCGCAUAACACAUUCUACUCUGCUUAUCAAGCAACAUGGGGACGUGUACCCUUUGGUGUCGGUUCGGACAGCUCAAUGCCCGCGAAUCGAAUUGUUCCCAGACGCAACUUCUUGGAGAAGUAUGACGAGACAUUUGCGCUCAUCAAGGAGCACGUGUUGUCCGGCAAGCACUUCUUGGGAUAUCACAAGGCACCAAAAAAGUAUGCAAACACGAACAAUGCCGUCAGCCCAGCCUGGCGUGAAUGUGCUUUGUUCAUGGUGACCUCUUCCAACCGAUCAGCCGACCACUCUACCCCUGAAGCCCUUGCCGCCGCCAGUAAAGAUCUCCACGAGAAUAUUUUGCAGCCUUGGCGCGACAUAGCACCUGUAUCAGAGGGUGGUGGUACAUAUCUCAACGAAGCAAGCGUGGAUGAGCCUGACUGGCAGGAGUCAUUUUAUGCGGGUUAUUACCCCAAGCUGAGCGAGAUCAAGAAGAAGUGGGACCCGACCGAUGUCUUCUACGCGACCACUGCCGUUGGAAGUGAGAGGUGGGUGGUUCAAGACGGAGAACAGGGUGUUCAGACUCAGAACGGAAGAUUGUGCCGGGCCUGA